GUACGGAUGCUGGCGCCAGUGUGCCAAGGUGCCUGCAGCCCCAAGAGGCGGGUCCUUGCCGGGCAUCUUUCCUCGUGUGGGCAUAUGAUGCCGCCUCAGAGACGUGUGUCACCUUCAUCUACGGAGGCUGCAAGGGCAACGACAACAAUUUUAUGACUGAACAGCAGUGCUUGGCGGCGUGUCCAGACGAGGUCCCGUGCCCGGAGGACACAAGCAAAGUGUGCCGCGUGUCGGAGACGUCAUGUAGAAACGCCUCUUGCCCCGCGAACGAGCUCGCCGCAUGCCGCGUUACGCCAUGCACCUGCGACGUGUCCUUCGUGAGCGAGGAAGGCGAGGAAGUCGAUUGCCACAAGGCCGAUGCCGUCGAGGCUGCAGACGGCCCGGAAGGUCGAGGGGGCGACGUCGACGUAGCAGAGGGCAGCGGCAGCGGCGGGACGAAUCCUACUGACGAACCAAGCGCUGGUGAUGGCGGCGACGGCGGAGCGAGCGAGAGGGGCAGACUGGAGGGGGAGACAGAGAAGAAUAAAACCACGGGGGACGACGCAGAGGACGUAUACCAGCAAGCGGGGCUGUGGAUUGGCGUUUCUGUGGGCGUGAUCAUCCUCCUGGCCGGGGCUGUAAUUGCGGUCUACAAGUGGCGCGGAAACAACAGGUCCUACGCCAUUUUCCUCCUGACUUCCGCCGAGGACUUCAGCCCGUGUGACGGCGACGGGAGUAAGUUCACGGAGUACUCUUCGAUCACCGCGUGAGGGGCGCGCCGUCUCCUGCGGCAGAACACUUUUUUUUCUCUCUUUUCUUGUUUCCCUUCUUGUUUGUCAGUGCAGUGAGAUACGUAGGUGGUUUUAUAGAGGAAUAAAGGCUUAAAAUCUA